GGAGGAUCAUGGAGCGGGCGGCCGCGGGGGAGAAGUUCUGUCCGAGCGGGGAACGGGCCUCUGUGCCUCGGAGAUCAGUUACAGUCCUGUGAGAUCUCCAGCCGCCGCCUGGGGGUUGGCGACCGCUCCUGCCACGGCCGGGGCUGACUCCCUCCCCCCCUCCGUCCCCCUCGCACAGAGCACCAGCACCUGCGCCGCAACCCGCUGCGGGACGACUGGGUCCUGGUCUCCGCCCAUCGCAUGCGGCGCCCCUGGCAGGGCCAGCUGGAGAAGCCCCCCCAGGAAGACGUGCCGCGCUGCGACCCGGCCAACCCGCUGUGCCCUGGCGCCAGGCGAGCCCAUGGAGAGGUGAAUCCCAAAUAUGAGAGCACAUUUGUUUUUGACAAUGAUUUCCCUGCCCUGCAGCCAGAUGCCCCCGAACCUGAUGCUGAUGACCACCCUUUGUUCCGUGCAGCGUCUGCUCGAGGCAUGUGCAAAGUCAUGUGCUUCCACCCCUGGUCUGACCUCACUCUGCCUCUCAUGUCGCUUGCUGAGAUCCGGGCCGUGAUUGACAAAUGGACGGAGAUAGCCGUGGAGUUGGGAGCCUCCUAUCCUUGGGUCCAGAUCUUUGAAAACAAAGGCGCCAUGAUGGGCUGUUCUAAUCCCCACCCUCAUUGCCAGAUCUGGGCCAGUAACUUCCUCCCCAAUGAAGCCUCCCUGGAAGACCGAACGCAGCAGAAACACCACCGCGAACGGGGCGUUCCGAUGCUACUUGAGUAUGCCCAGUUGGAGGCUGAAAGGAAGGAGCGGAUCGUGGUGGAGAACGCGGACUGGCUGGUUGUCGUCCCCUAUUGGGCAGUGUGGCCUUUCCAGACCCUCUUGCUGCCUCGGCGGCAUGUCUGUCGCCUCCAGGACCUUCGCAACGGCGAGAAAGACAGCCUGGCUUCCAUCAUGCAGCGGCUCCUCACCAAGUAUGACAAUCUCUUCCAGAUCUCCUUUCCCUAUUCCAUGGGGUGGCACGCAGGGGCCCCCACGGGGCCGUACUUGAAUGCUGACUGCAGCCACUGGCAGCUGCACGCCCAUUACUACCCGCCCUUACUGCGCUCUGCCACCGUCCGCAAGUUCAUGGUCGGCUAUGAAAUGCUGGCACAGGCACAGAGGGACUUGACUCCAGAGCAGGCUGCUGAGCGCCUGAGGAACCUGCCCGAGGAACACUACAGACUGGAUCGGAAGGAAGCUGCCUAGUGCAGAACCCAGCGGGGCCCCUUCCUGCUCUGACUCAUUCCAAGGAGGGGCUUUCUGUAAUUUGGGAAGUGUUAUCGAGGGCACGCUCUGGGAGGGCUGCUUGACUGGGCAUUGAGGUUGAGCUGGAGGGCUCCCUGCAGUGCCGGAUCCAGGCUUCGGGCUGCUCGUGAGCCAUGUGGGGGAGUUCGGCUUGUAGCCAGGCCCUUCUAGAACCUGCUCGAGUCCUCCUUCCGUUCCAGCCAGAGGCUUGGUCAAGCCACUGCAGUGCGACAAAUGGGUCGUGAGUGAACUCUCCCUGCAUGUGAUUUUGGACUCUUGCCGAUCCCUUUAUCUUGCAGUGGACUCCCAGGAGUGGGAAGCCAAGGCUGUUAAUGGGAGCCCUAGAUAGAAACUGUACUUACAUACAGUAACUGGCAAGUCCUUUCCUGUGCGCUUCUGGAACGGAAGUAAUCUCGGGCUUUUCUGUGUAGCCUUGAACAAGCUCUGUGCCGAUGUGGAAGUCUCAGUUCCUGGGCCUCCUUGCACACAUAAAAGUCGCCUUAGAAAGGGUGUGUAAGAAAGAAAAUGGCUGAAUUUGUUUUUGAAAUGUUUGGGAGCUGAUGAACAUUCAGGUUUCGUGUGACUGGAAACGGUUCUGGGAGAUGGCCUCUCCCUCACGCCUUGGUUAAGAUAGGCAUCUUCACCUGUUCGCUGACGGCUUCCCUGCCUUCCUUCUAAAUAUGUGUGUUAAGGGGGGGCAGCAGGAGCCCGGAGCCAAUGUGAGCCCCCCCAGUUCUCCAGCCGGUUUUGUUUCCAGGCGAGCUGUUUGUGACGCCUCCUGACCAAAAAGGGCGUGGUCGGCCGCUGAGUCUUCCUCUCUCUCAGGGUGACGCUGGAUCUGCUCCGGCUACAUAACAGAUAUUGCUGAGGGCAACAGCCACGGGCAGGGGAGGUUGUUUGGUCAGUGCAGGGGGCGCUCAGCAACGCAGUGGGGCUCCGUCCUGCAGCCGUCGUCUUCCUGAGCCUACAAGAGAAUGGAAAUAAUCAGAGAGUCCUUCCUGGCAAGGAGGUUGGCCCUUUGUCACUAUUUUAGUCCAUAUAUUUUUAAAAUCCAAAUCUAAUUAAAUAAAAGAAAACACUGUUUCUGGGUUGCCCGCCUUAUGGUUUUCAUGGGUAUGGAGAAGCAAAGGGGUUGGGUCAAAUUGGUUCCGCCUGCUAUGGAUCAGCUGUGUCAAAGAGCCCGUUGGUGUAGUGGUUGAGAGUGGCAGGACUCUAAUCUGGAAAGCCAGGUUUGAUUCCCUGCUCCUUUGUUUGAAGCCAGUUGAGUGACCUUGGGUGAGUCACAGCUCUCUCAGAGCUCUCUCAGCCCCACCCACCUCACAGGGUGUCUGUUUGUGGGGAUAAUAAUAAUACUGACUCUGCAAACCGCUCUGAGUGUGGCACUAAUCAGUCCAGAAGAGCGGUAUAGAAGCACAAGUUUAUUAAAGGUGCUAAUCCUUCGUGCGGCUUGGCUGCUCUCUUCCACCUCCCCACUCCAGUUUCCCUUUUCCGUACUGUCCAUGGCUUGCCUAGGUUUGUGUAUUCAUUUGCUUCAGUGGUGGUUCAUCUUUUUCUCCGAGACUCAAGGUGGAUCGCCCAAUUAAAACAAUGCAAUCAGAGCAGUAUAAUACGUAUGAUCAGCAAUACAA